UGUGCUGCGAGCAUUAGGGCAAGUCAAACCAGUGGGAUUUUGAAGCAGAGAGACGGAUGAGAUAACGAACGAAGCGCCGCGUCCAGCUUCUCCAAAUGAUGCGCUGCUUUGGCUAGAUUUUUUUUCUUCCUUUUUUUUGUAUUCAACAGGGGACUGAUGCUCACAAGUCACAUUUUAUUUCCCUUUUUAUUUAUUUUUUUUAACCACUUUGCAAGUUUCACGUCGGCCUGUUUAUUAAGAGUGGGGAUGCUUUUCUAGCUCUUUGGUUUGUUUCUCUCAGUUUUGAAUUGAUUCUUGGAUUUAUCCUCGGUUUUUGGAUCUUGAUUUUGUUUUUUUUUAAUUCCACUCUUUUGGGAAGGAUUUACAAGCCGUAUUCAACCUGUUUUUUUUCUUUUCUUUUUGAACAAGAAGGAUUGUAAUGCGCAUUGACUGAGCCCGCCGAGCAUCAACAUGUCUUUAUGAGGAUGGAGCUGUGGACACGAGUGACAUCUUUUCCAUUUUAAAACGUUUUUUUUUUUUGGCCUCAUUUCCACCGCGUCCUUCUAACAUACUGACAAUAUUCCCUCCUCAGUCCACCCUGAUAUGUUGGAAGGUAGAUAUUCUUGCGAGGGAACAAGGUAAUGGGAGAGAAAUCACACAGAGUCGGCACAGAGAACAAGGGAACAUUGUUCGGAAAAAGACAAUUAGGGCGCACCGAAAGGCAACAGAAAUAGCUCCUGGGUGGUGAGAAUUCUCUGAAAUUCUCAUUCUGUUGGAGUUCUAUUCCAGCUGAGGAGCGCUGCUUCGGAGAAAAAAAGGGACGACUAAUGACAAAUUAAUGGGAAAGUCAUGGAAUUGAAAUAGUACGAGCGUUGGACGCGCAGAGAAAAAACGCGUCGUUUUUGGAGAUCCAGACGCACGGAUUGAGCAAGUUUCUCCUGCACGUUUUCACUGUUUUCUUUUUUCCACCGGUGUGAUUCAGUGCAAUUCGUUAAAUUUCGGAUCCAUGAGGUUGUGUACAGCAGCAGCAGGCUUUCACUUCACACUUUGACUGUCUCUACCUUAAAAAAAAAAAAUCGGCUGCGGUCGGCACAUCCAUUGUUUUGAGUGUCUCCUUGCAACAGCAUUGAAAAAAACACAGCAAAUAUUGCCCGUUUUCUGAUUAAAUGGGGCUGCACAUGCUGGGCGUCAGGGUUGAAAUGGCGUGUCGAGGAAGUGGGAAUGGAUUGGGGAUCCUGCUGGUAUUCUUACUGGAUUUACUGGGGACGACGGCCAGCAAUAUGGAGCCCAUCUACUGGAAUUCCCUGAACGAAAGGUUCAGGGACGACAAGGGCUACGUCCUGUACCCUCAGAUCGGGGACCGGCUGGACCUCAUCUGCCCUCCGCUGGACACCGCCAGGUCCACGCCAGAGUACGAGUUCUACAAGCUCUACCUCGUGUCGUCGCGGGAGCAGGCGGACCGCUGCGAGGUGAUGGGGCCCCCCAACAUCGUGCUCACCUGUGACGAGCCCACCCGCGAGCGCCGCUUCACCAUCAAGUUCCAGGAGUUCUCGCCCAACCUCUGGGGCCACGAGUUCAAGAGCAUGCACGACUACUACAUCAUCGCUACGUCAGACGGGACGCGUCAAGGCCUGGAUAGCAUGAGAGGCGGAGUGUGUGCCACGCAAGGCAUGAAGGUGGUCUUGAAAGUGGGACAGAGUCAAUAUGGACUGCCUCCAAAGAAGGAGCCGCCAGCGGGACGCACCACCAGCAGAAACCCAGGUGGCUCUGGAAACUCCACCCAGCCUCGAGGACCCUUUGGAGAUGAAGGCAGAGGUGAGAACGGGCCUCUCCAACCCUCCAACAUCGCCCUCAUUGCCGGCGCCGCGGGAGGUUCCGCCUUCCUCCUGCUGGUCACCGCCGUGAUCUGCGUCGUGUGCUACCGGCGGCGGCACGCGAAGCACUCGGACACCCACCACCCUCCGCUGUCGCUGUCCUCCCUCACCAGCCCCAAGCGGGGCGGCGGCGGGGGCAUCACCAGCUCCAACAACAAUGGCUCCGAGCCCAGCGACAUCAUCAUCCCUCUGCGGACCUCAGACUCAGCCUACUGCCCGCACUACGAGAAGGUGAGCGGGGACUACGGACACCCUGUCUACAUUGUCCAGGAGAUGCCUCCUCAGAGCCCGGCCAACAUCUACUACAAAGUAUGAGACGGCCACUGCUCCGGCCGACUGGACACACCCACCUCCCUCCACCCAUUGCCAACCGAUCCCCUGCUCCAAAUGAAGCCACAGCAAAGCUUGCCAUCACAGCUCCAACCCCGACCCCCUCAAUACUACCAGUAUUGUCCCCAUAGACCCCCACUUACCGCCCUGUGAGCCCACACCCUCGGCCACAGUCAUGUUUCUAGCUGAAUAAACCACCCCACCCCAUCCUCACACAACUGGGCCACUAAGUGUGUGUUAAGGGCAAUGUCGUAACCGUACAUAGCCCUUCCUAACAAGGCCCUCACGAAUGGGCAAGAGCCUCUGAGUGCCCCCUUCUUGUUAACUCAGAGCUAAAUGAGCCCAACUUGUGCUGAAUUGAAGAGUCAUCCCCUAAACGCCAGUGUGUGUGUGUGUGCAGCACACGCUCUUUUCGUAGGAGUAUGGACCUGGCAUUGGGAAUUGUAAUUGUUUUAAAAAAGUAAAGAAAAAAAAAUGAAAGAAAAGGACUACAACUUAUUAAAAAAAACAAAAAAACAACAACAAAAAAAAACGGAACCUACACUCCCGACCCCACUUAGCACCGGAGAACUCUGAUUUGCAGAGGCCAUACCCGCCUAGCCUACCACCCCCACCCCCCCUCAGAGCACCAUCAGCCAACCAGAGACCGGCCCCUGCCACUAACUCAACAAUAGGAUUCUAGUUUGUUUGUGUUUGUUUCUCCUGAGCAAAACAGGGGCCUUGGACUCACCCAAUCAGCACGUCUGAGCGGCGGUCACAUGACCAAGCCCAGGCCUGAGGAGGUCUGACCAAUCGGUGACACUCAGAAUCUUGUAUAUUUUAAUAAUGCGUAUGUGUGUGCGUGUGUGACCGUGCGAGUGCGCAUACGACUUGGAUAAUAAUUAUGGCGCUGCUGCUCCACAUUAGAGAUGUGUGUGCAGUUAGUGUGCUUCAGUACAGCAAGUUUGCAUAAGCGUGCGUGGAGUUUAGUCUGUGUGUGUGUGUGUGUCUGAGUGUGCGCUUUGUGUGUGAGUGAUUGUGCGUGCGUUCUUUAGACUUGUCUUAAAUACCAAAACACAAAAUAGUGAGCGAAUAUCAAAAAAAGUGAGAUUUUUUAUCGCUAUCAACACUUAUAGAUUAUAUAUAUGAAUAUCCAGUAAAUAAUUUCUAGAUGUUUUUUUUUCUGUUUUCUAUUGUUUGAUUAUUUUUACCCACUCUGUUAAACUACACUUCUGUUGCUAGACAUUUUUUAUCUGCUGUUUUUUGGUUUUCACAACUUAGAAUGACCUUGUUUCCUUCCGGUUCCCUUUGCGUUGUAUAUUAAUUUAAUCCCUUUUUUUU